AUGGAUGAAGCUCAGGCGGAUUUUGCGCUGAAUUUAUUGAGGGCGGCAACCAAAGGCGAUGAAUCGGCAAUUAUCUCGCCGUUUUCGGCUGCUGUCGCUCUAGCAAUGACUUAUGUCGGAGCUGAAGGACAAAGUGACGAGCAGUUUGUGGAUUACAUUUCUAAAUUGCUUGCUGAUGUUAACAGUGCGGACAAAGGUGUUACGCUGGAUACAGCAAAUCGACUUUACGUGGAAAAGAAUUUCACUCUGCUAGAAGCUUUCCUAAAAAUCAUCGAAUCACAUUUUGCGGGACAAUUGCAACAAGUGGAAUUCAAGCAGAAGAAGGCAGUUGUACACCAAAUCAACAGUUGGGUGGAGCAGCAGACGCGCGAUAAAAUCAAGGAUUUGGUUCGCACGGAA